AUGAGCAAGAGUGCUAAUGAGGCGUGUGAAUUGCCAGAGGAGAUGGAAAUGAAUAACUACCAGUGGUCAACUGAAAGGGGACAAACCAAGAAGGUGGCUGGUAUGAUUAAAUUAGAUGCCAUUACAAUGCUUACAACGCAAGUGGCAGCUUUAACGAAGCAGUUACAACAGAGCAACCUGUCAACCCAAACCAUGCAAGUUCAGAGUUUAUGUGGGACAUGUGGGAAUGCUCAUCCAUUAAAUCAACAUCCUGCCAUGGAUAUGAAUAAUAUACAUAUGGAAGAAGUCGAAGCAACAGGAAAUUGUCAAAGGCCAACCAACAAACCCUUUUUGAUGUCAUAUAACCAAGGGUGGAAGAAUCAUCCUAACUUCUCUUGGACAAAUAAUCAAGCUACACAACAGCCUUUCCCUCAAAGUCAACAACAAUUUCCACCUCCACAGCCACAACCACAUCAGCCAACACAUAUGAAACAACCUGAAGUACAACCUGAUGUACUAAACCAAUUCAUAACAGAAACUAGGGCAUCUAUCAGGAGUUUGAAGACUCAAAUGGGGCAGUUGGCUACUUUGAUGAUAAACCGUGCUCAAGGAAACUUACCAAGCACUACUAAGGUAAACCCAAAAGAGCAGUGCAAUGCAAUAUCCUUGAGGAGUGUCAAGGAGUUAAAAGAGCCAAAAGUGGUUGAUAAGGAGAAGGAAGUGAAUGGGUCUAAUGUUACUGAGAACUUAGAAAAGAAGUUAGAAAUAAGUAUAGAUCACCAUAUAAAAAUCCCAUAUCCUCAGAGCCUUCAAAAGAAUAAGCUUGACAAGAAGUUUUCUAAAUUUUUGGAUAUCUUUCGAAAGCUACACAUUAAUAUCCCGUUUGCUGAGGCACUUGAACAAAUCCCAAGUUAUGUGACAUUUAUGAAAGAAUUUUUUUCAAAGAAAAGGAAACUAGAGGAUUAUGAGACAGUGGCACUUACUGAGAGUGUAGUGCGACACUUAAGAAGAAACUACCUCCAAAGCUUAAAGAUCUGGUAG